AUGGGUGAGAAUCCACCGGAGGAGUCUCCUUUCCCCCUCACCGAGGUGGACAAGUGGAUUCUAUCACAGACGGACGAAGAGUUCAAGAAACAUGACUGGGAAGAUCUCAAGGGUAUCAUUGCAAACAACCUCUCUGUCUUGAAGCGCAAGCCAUCUGAUCUGCGCCGCUACAUGAAAUGGACAUCAGAGACAAAGGCUGAAUAUGGCUCCAUGACAAACUACCUCCUGGCCAACCGGUUGCCCAAGGCCUGGGGCCAGCCACCAUUCACACCAGUGUCCGAUGUCCCAUUCAAGGACCCCUCGGAUUACCACGUCUUGAUCAACGACUGGCCGUAUGGUCUGGAUCCGGAGAUCCGCCACAUUGUCGUGUGGCUGCGCACCACCAUCCCCACAGACCCGGAGACAGGGGACAUGACGCCGGAGAGCAGGGCGUUGGUCAAGGCUUUUGUCAAGGAGUAUUUUGCCGACACCUUGGGCCCAGACGGAGAGAAUCGAGUGUUGUGGUUCAAGAAUUGGGUGGCUCUUCAAAGCGUGCGCGCUCUGGAGCAUAUCCACGUCCUGGUGCGAAAUGUUGACGAUGAUACCAUAGAGCGAUGGACGGGUGAGCGGCCGUGA